UUUCUGUUGCAGAUGAACCAACAGUGCAAGGUGUGCGGCGAGCCCGCGGCUGGCUUCCAUUUUGGCGCGUUCACCUGCGAGGGCUGCAAGUCCUUCUUCGGGAGAUCCUACAACAACCUGAGCAGCAUAUCCGAAUGCAAGAAUGGCGGCGAGUGCGUCAUCAACAAGAAGAAUCGAACAGCCUGUAAGGCCUGUCGUUUAAGGAAAUGUCUUCUGGUGGGCAUGUCGAAAUCUGGUUCGCGGUACGGGCGCAGAUCGAACUGGUUCAAAAUUCACUGUCUACUGCAAGAGCAACAGCAGCAGCAACAACAACAACAACAACAGCAACAUCAUUUCCAGCAGAAUCUGUCGAACCAACCCCUAGCACAGCAACAGAGGAAGCCUAUGAGUCCACCCAUUGGCAUUCACGCUGGCCAACGAAAAGACGAGAUGCUGAUGCUUGGUUUGGACGACUACAAGAAUUCCACAUCGCCCAGUAUUAGUUCACCAGAAUCGCAUAACAGCGACAGUUCCGUGGAGAUAUCCGAAAGACGAGCAGCCUUUUCCGGUCAUCCAGGGUUCAGACCACUGCACUCGCACCUGCAGCCCUCCGUGGCCGAUCUCUCGGCGCUGAGCAAAGAAAUGAUGAGUCUGCCCCUUGGCUUCCACCUCGGUGGCAUGUCUCUGUUACCACCUGCCUUCCUUCCACCGCCGAGUCUCACCAUGUUCUCCCCGUACCAUCUGUACGCCUCUCACGGAGCCUCGCAUCCACUGGUACCGAACCAUUCGACGAACCUUCUUCGACACUCUCCCGUGAUCGAAGACACAACGAGCGCUAUUUCUACCACAACAACCACGACCACCACCACGAUCGGUAUCGAUACCAAGGACUCCUGUGAGACCAAUAACAAUAACAACGACCGAUACGCUCAUAAUCACAACGUGCAAACGUCCAGGCAAAGUUCCUCGCCGAAUACAGAGACAGGGGAAACGUACACGAAGCGAUUCUAUUUAGAUGCGGUGCUGAAGAGCCAACGAACACGCCCGGAUGGUUCUCCGGCGUCCAUCAAGCGUUCCGAAGACGGUUCACCGGUCUGCAGUCCCAAACCGGAAGCGGAUUGUCCCCCGCCCCAAGACAACCCCAUGGACCUAUCGAUGAAGUCGGUCACCACUCCCACGAGGAACGAAACGGAGGACGACGAAAUCGACAUGGAGAGCGUGAGCGAUCGAGACAGUCCACCUCUAAAAAGGAAACCAGCACCGAUAGACCUAACAACGAGAUCCUAG